GGAUUUUUAUUCCUUCUCUGUUUUCUGCGUGGAUUCCCUGUAAUUUACUAAUCUGGGAGUUUUUUUUUUAUUUUUUCUCCCUGGUAGGAGUUUGUUGUUUGAUGUUUAUCGCCCAAUUUAGCCUGAGGAACAAGACUCACAGCACAGAAUCCACAUCAAUUCCGAAAAAUCUUAUCUUCCACUGCUACAGACAAUGAAACUGUUUCUGUGCUGUUUUCUCCUGACUGUGGCUACUGGGUACCGCAGCCCUCUGAAUGACUUCCAGCGCUCUGAGGGCAGAGAGCUCGUUCCUACCUCCUGGAACUCGGCCCGGGUGCUGAUGUUACCAGGCCUGAACCUGGAGGACUGUGCCACCCGCUGCUCACAGUCGCUGGACUGCAGAGCCUUCAACUACGUGACCCGUCCCGUUGUCACCUGUAAACAUCUGCCCUGGGUGGGUGACGGCAGCAACGCAGAGGUGAAGAGAAACGUAAACUGUGACCUUUACGAGAAGAAGGUCUAUGUGAGGCAAUGCAUCGUGGGUAAAGGAGAAGACUACAGAGGGAAAGUCUUCACCACAAGAAGUGGACUCACCUGCCAGCAGUGGUGGUCCAAGUUUCCUCACGAUCACAGGUGGACUCCCACAGCCACCAACGGUCUGGAGUUGAACUACUGCAGGAAUCCAGACGGGGAUCGCAUCGGCCCGUGGUGCUACACCACCGACCCCGAGCGGCGCUACGAGAGCUGCCACAUUCCCCAGUGCAAAGACGAGGUAUGUAUCACGUGUAACGGAGAGGACUACAGAGGCCAGGUUGACCACACUGUAAAUGGCAGAGAGUGCCAGAGGUGGGACCAGCAGUAUCCUCACCAGCACAUCUACCAACCGGAAAAGUAUCCUGAUAAGAGUUUAGAUGACAACUACUGCCGUAAUCCGGAUGCCUCUCCAGUGCCCUGGUGUUACACCACAGACCCUGAGGUGGAGAGGGAGAGCUGUGAGAUCAGCAAAUGCACCGAGGUCCCUGUGGAGAAGCGUUUGCGCUCCAGCUUCACCACCAACUGUUUCCGUGGCCGUGGGGAGGACUACCGCGGCAGAGUCAACGAGACCACGUCAGGUAUCCCCUGCCAGCGCUGGGACGCCCAGUACCCUCACGAGCACCCCUUCUACCCAAACACAUACGAGUGCAAGGGCUUGGAGGAGAACUACUGCCGUAACCCGGACGGCUCGGAGGCUCCGUGGUGUUUCACGUCUGUGCCAGAGAUGAGGACGGCUCUGUGCUUGCAGAUCAAACGCUGUGCAGACGACAUAGAAGCUGAGGACUGCUACCAAGAAAACGGAAGAAACUACAGAGGCCUGGUCCGAAAAACUCGCAAGGGCAUCACCUGCCAGAACUGGAACGUGAACACCCCCCACAGGACCAGGAUAAACCCAAGGACACAUCCUGAGGCCAACCUGACUGAGAACUACUGUCGCAACCCAGACGGGGACCAGCACGGCCCCUGGUGCUACACCACAGACCCCAAAACUGAGUUUGACUACUGUGCCAUCAAACAGUGCGCUGGAGAGAAAGUGUCCAUAACCGAACCAGUAGAGAAGGUGGAGUUCAGCGAGUGCGGGAAGAGAGAGGACCGUCUCCCCAGGACAAGGUUACGCAUAGUGAACGGGGUUCCCGGGAACUCGCCGUGGACAGUGAGCCUCAGAGACAGGAAAGGAAACCACUUCUGUGGGGGAUCUCUGGUUAACCCCAGAUGGGUGAUCAGCACCAAGCAGUGUUUCUCCUCCUGCUAUGUGGACCUGCCCGGGUACUCCGCCAGGAUGGGAACACUGUUUCGUGAUCCCCAAGAAGGAGAGCCUGGCGUGCAAACCAUCCCUCUCACCAAGAUCGUCUGUGGGCCGUCUGAGUCUCAGCUGGUCAUGCUACAACUGGAGUACCCUGCCCAGUUUAAUGAGCGAGUCUCUCAGAUCUGUCUCCCUCCUGAGCGCUACAUCGUAGCUGAGGGGACGAUGUGUGAAAUCGCAGGAUGGGGUGAGACGAGAGGGACUGGGGAUGAGACCGUCCUCAAUGUGGCCCAGAUACCCGUUCUUAGUAACAAGGAGUGCAACAAAUACUUCAGAGGCAGAGUUCGUGAAAAUGAGAUGUGCACAAACUUUUUCCAGGGUGGAGUUGGCGCUUGUGAGAGAGACUACGGCGGCCCUCUGGCGUGUCAGAACAGGGACUGCUGGGUACUCGAGGGUGUGAUUAUUCCCAUGAGGCGCUGCGGACACCCGGGACAGCCCAACAUCUUUAUCCGCGUGUCGGUGUACGUGGACUGGAUCAAGAAGGUCAUGGAGAUGGCGUAGAGACGGAUACCACAAACUCAGAACUGAUCAAGUCCAUUUUCUUAAACCUGCAACGCCGCUCCUCUCAGACGCCCCUUUUACGUCAAAAACUAUUAAUUUUACACAUCAGAAUUCACAAUUAGGCAUUAUUAUUUUACCAGUUAUUGUAGGGGGGUUUAUUUGGGGAGAAAAUGCAGGAACGAACUCAGUAAUUCUUUCUGGUAUAUCUGCUUGAAAUACAUUUUAUUUGCACACGCCGCGUAUUUUGUGAAACCUUUUUAUCUAAGCACACAAAGUCACAAAUGAGAUGCUGAAAAAACACCUGAAAAAACAUUUACACCCCCCGACAAAAAAAAAACAAAAAACAAAACAAAAAGAAAAAGCAGAGAAGAUUUUCCAGAAACAGUUUACGUUAAGUUCUCCUAUUUUUUUUAUGUACAGUAAUUUAUGCACAGUGAUUAUAAUUUCCCCUAUGAACACUCAUUUUACAUCCUUCUUGUCUGCUACCUUAAUAAAUGCUCAUAUCUGUCCUGUGUUUGUAAACUUUAUGAAUAUAGCUAAUUAAGAACACUUAAAGUAAAGGGUUGACAGUUUUUGUCAUUAAUUUUCCAAUAAAUGAGAAGGUUCAGAAAAAAAACAAAAAAAAAGAUCAAAUGAACUGUAGCCCCUCAGGUUCAGAGAAGACAAACUGGAGCUAAUUAACUUCCAAUGAGGGAGGUGGUGUAUUCCUAACAUCCCCUGGAAAUGCACCCUGUGCCAUUAAACCGCACGCCUCCCCUUGCUCUCGCCUGGCAUUGAAUGGAACUCCGAAAUACCUUCUUUGCCCCCAGCCUCUAAAGAAAUCCCUCCUCUGCCUGUCUUUUGAUGCCUGCCCCCUCCUCUAAAGACAUGCCUUUGUGCCUUAUGCAGAACUGUAUGCGCUGCACAUUCUUUCUAGUUCUAUAGGAGGAUUUUUGUAACCCGGUCCUGAUGAGCCCACGGAAUUCAGCUUAAAUAAACCUCAAGAUCAGAGUCCGACCGAAUCUCAGACACACCGCACGCUGCCGAAGGCCACUGAACUCUCUCAAACGGACACACAUACACAAUUUUUUCUCCCGUGCAAACCCUCCCCCCUCUUUUCUCUCUAUCUUAUCCCGCACUCUGUUGCUUUUCUCCUGUUGAUUUUCACGCCAACAUAUUACUUUUGCCUCAAACAGUGGCAAUAUGUUUUUGUGUUUUUUUUUUAGUUUUUUUUUUUUUUGCAGGAAUAGAAACUAAUGAGACUGAAGUCGGUUGUUAGCUGAACAUGGCCUGUCAUUCUCAUGCUACAGGUUAACAGUUAAGAUUUCAGAGUCAUAGUGUUCACUUUCAUUUAGUAAUAUUUAUAGUAGGUGACUAAUCAGAUUUGUAUAUGACUACAACUUCUUAGCCACUGUUCUCAAAAGCUUCUGGGAAACCUACAAUUUUUAAUAAAUGCUGCCACAAAAAAAUA